UAAGUUCGAUUCAGAAGGUCUUGUUUGUUGAAAGCUAAAAUUAGUUAGGGACCGGAAAACGACAUCUGCCACUAGUGACCAAUCACAAGUGCAGCUUGAGGCUUAAUUUCCUUAUUCAUUUAAACCAACAAAAAAGAAGAAAAUGAAUAGAGGCAUUUCAAUUCGAAGCUAAUCUUCCGUAAAGCAAACAGAAUAUUCCCUUUGUCAUGUUUUCGAACCCCUGAGCUCGGUGUUGGACGAAUUGGGCCACGGAAAAAGUCAUGGAUACCUUGUUGAACGAAACCUUAUUCCAAGAGAAUCAGCAACAAUGUUAUUACCUGGACAUUUUACCUUCCAUAGUUCGAAGUAAUAGCAUCUAUUUUUUGGAAGUAUUUCUCUGUUUUGUAAAYGGUAUUUCAUCGAUCAUCGCUGUCUCUGCAAAUUUGAUAAUCAUCAUCGUUAUCUGUAAAAAUCCUGCUCUUCACAGCAAUUCAAAUUUUCUUCUCUGUUGCUUGGCUUUUCCCGAUGCGUUAGUGGGAUUCGUGGUUCAACCGAGUUACAUUGCAUCAAAAAUAGGAGAAUUAUUGAACAUUUUCUCAUUACAGUGUGAAGCAAGAAUGUUAAUGGAAAGUACUGGUCUCAUCAGCGCCGGUGCCUCAUUAUGUACCCUGGCUGCAAUCACCCUAGACAUGUUUCUUGCUCUCUAUCUCCAUUUACGAUACAAGGACUUGGUUACCAAACGUCGGUUGCUAGCUUUAGUUAUUUUAGCAUGGAUUGUGGUAUCAGUUGCAGCACUUUUAAGACUAUGRCUUGAUAAUACGAUAAUAGGAAUUGCUGUCGUUUUAGGCCUUACGUUCAACUUGAUAAUAAUUAUAGUUUCCUAUAAUAAGAUCCUUAAAGUCGUUCGUCGUCAUUCAAAACAGAUAUAUGGCACUGGGCAGACAUCUACUCUCUCAACCAAUAAACGCGGUAGAGAGGUUCUAAAACAUAAAAAGUUUGUCUACACGAUGAUGUACGUCGUUGUUAUCGUUAUGUUGUCUUACAUUCCUUUGGGAGGCGUCGUUUUCGUUUAUAUUUACAAGGGGAAUUACAGGAAUUUACAAUUAGCUUUUGAUAUUACAGUCUCUUUAAUGUUAUUAACUUCAAGUAUCAACCCCGUUUAUUACUUCUUCAGAAUAACUGAAGUAAGAAAAGCUGUUUUGAAAACACUAAAAAAGACACGCAUUGAAGAUGCAAGUUUAGGUAACAUUUCAAGAAGAGGUACUAAUUGGGUUCAAAGCGAAAUACGCCAAACAACAAACGUAUAAAGUAAAACUUUAACGAC